GGCGCUUUCGUUCUGCUUGGAGCCUCACGCGCCGUUUGAGUGCGGCGAGCUCCGAUGCGUUGACGGCCAGCCAAAGGUCUUGGAUUUGCAUCCGAGCAACCAUGAGGGCAAGUGCCGGCCUCCCGGGAAAUAGCCUCUGGGGGUCGUCCUUGGGGGUUCAAGAAUGGGGUAUCCGACAUUUUGCUCCGAUGCAUUUUCUCCAUCGUGAUUCGCUUCAGAAAAAAACGCAUCGGUGCACUUUUUGUCGAGGUUCUUGUUAGAUGUAUUCUAUUGGACAACAUUGGAUCUCGUCCGAUCUGCUCUGAUGGAGACAGGGAUGCGUUUUUCGGAUCGAAGCCCUGGGCCUUGAGUGCCUUUGGAAGGACCGCUAACGAACCUGAAGAGGUCCAUCAGGGCAACUCACGCGAGCCUGGGGGCAUUGCUCUCAGCUUUGCUGACGAAAUCAAGGAAAACAAUUCCCAGAUCCCUGAUCCGGAAAACGCAUCCGUGUCUCCAUCCGAGCAAAAUGCAUCACCAGCAAACUUGCUCCGCUACGGUUUUCUUUUACGGAGGCAGGGGUGUGCUUUUCGGAUCAGAGAUUCGGGCAAGCAAAGUAGCGAACUUGCUCUAGUGCCUUCUUUACUGCUUCGCUCUUUGUAAGACGGCUUGGUCUCUCUCCAAAUGCAUCAGAGCAACCUCGUGCCGAAUUUGAGAUGACAUACCUUCGUUCGUCCGCAAGGCGCAGUAGCUUCAAAACCUCCACCUCUCGUCGUGUAGUUUUGCAGCUCCGUACAACUUACUUCUAGUACGUAGAUAAAGCUCGGCUGGUGCUUGCCAUUCCGAUUUUUGAUGCGACGGCACAGGUCCCCCGGAGACGGACGACCCAGAGGACAUCAUAAAUUGUUGCAAUUCAACAUACAAAAUUCAACUUUCAACUUUCAUCAGUAUAAAAACCAUUCGAGUGUAUUCCUUUUCGUCACAAGCAGAAUCAAUCUUCGCUGCAGUUGUUACGCGGUCGACGUUCACAACGUUGUAUAGAAGGACAACUUCACGACUCGAAAGCGAUUACUACUUAAUCAGUUAGUGACCUGGUGUCUGCCGAAGUACUAGACGAACCGGUGGAUAAAGUUUUUGCAGCAUAAUUUCAAGUACUUACAACAACAUCGACAAUUCCAAGUACAACAAGAUCGACAGUUCUUGUCUCUCGGAACUACAAGCGGAAAAAGUAUGACAGUGCACAACUAGCCCUACCCCUCAUUUGUAAUGCAAAAUCCCAAAACCAUAACCAGCUGCAGCUCCAGCUGCUGCCUUGUAGCACUGGUUGCAUGACAAAUCCUGGAAGGUCAAACAGCACUACGCUCCAGUGCAAAUUUGUCAUGCAAAGCCGGCACUGUUGCUGCUGCUUUUACUAUUGCCGUUCAUGCUAUGCAAAUGGAAAUGAGGGGGAGCAGGGGGAGUUGUCCACUGCCAUACUCCUCGUUUUCUCGGAAGAACCGGUCGAUCAUAUCAAGAUGAAAAAUGCCCCCUCACAUCGUCCAAAGCGAAAUUUGUGAUGCCGGAUACAUCUUUGUCUUGCAGUAUGAAAUCGCAGGUAGACGAUUGUAAGUCUGGCGUGCUAGGAAUGACAAUGAAGUUGUUUGCGUAGUAUAUGUAAUAGCUGAUUUGCUGCAUGAUAGAUGGCUGCCAUGAAGUAGGUCCAACAACAUCGGAAUUCCACCGCGCAAUUCGACGGACACCUCUGGCGUUGUCUUGCUGCAACGCAGAUUUCCGCUUUAGGAUGUUGGAGAGGGGUGAUUUUGCCCCACGAUAGAUGACACAAAAAAUAGUGGCUUCGUCUUCAGCGUUAGGAGCCAUGAGCGGAAGGCCGGGAAGGAAGGUUGUGGUGGCUGCCCUGUGCGUGCUGUCGGAGCAGGGGGCGCUCGGAAUGGACCAGCAGCAGCUUCAGAACACGAAACCAGGACAAGAAAGCUGGAGCGAUAAACACCCUGGAGUAGCUUCGCGAUUUGGUGGAAAGGGAGGCUAUGAUUACAUAACCGCCAGCUUUGAGCCCGCGUUCGGCGGGCUUGCGGGCUUGCAAGCUGCGGAUGUCGAUGUCAAAAACAUUCUGGAGAAGCACAAGAACGAUUCUCGCGGCUACAGCGAAAAUGCGCGCAACGCCCUUGACGAAGUGCUCAAAAAAGUGACUUCGAAGACCAAGGCAAAAAGUCCCAAGUUUGCCGACCAAGUGCCUGUGGCUUUGUCCGGCAAGAGGAAAUCGGCGGAGGAGUUCAAAAAGAAGCUCUGGGGGCUUAUCGAAGGCGGUGAGUUCGGUGCCGACACGAAACAAGCGAAGGACAGCGGAAACGAUUCUUCUGCCGCAAACCAAGAUGGUUCUGGUCCUGAAGAACCGCAAGCAGCUGGUACGAUAUUUUUGAGUAGGAGCCACUUAGUUUUCCACUAUGCGUCCCGAAAAUCAAGACCGUGGUACUUAGAACAUGCCCAAAAACCAACGCGUGAGCCUGGUGUCCACAGAUAAACCACGACUCACAUCAGCGUCACCCUUGUAGAGUAUUAGAGAGAAGACCUAGCUGCAAACGUGUGUAGCUUGCUGUUUUCCUUGGCUGUUACAAGGCCCCCGGGACGUCCUCGGCCUGCAAGGCGCACCACAGCAAAGGGUCGCGCGCCAUUUUUUUUUUACCAUUCGCGUGGUGGCCGAGGCAUUUGUGGAGCAGGCAGCCUCUCGAAAAUAUCAAAUGUAACUGCGCAGGCGCAGCUCCGGGCCCCGCAAUGGAAAUGUCGCUGGACGGUGAUGGCGAUGGUGAUGGCGAUGGCGAUGGCGAUGGUGAAGGCGCAAGCGAUAUCGCCGCGCAGUACGCGGGCCUCGGUAUUGUGAAAGGCCUUCUAGCGUCAUGCGUUUCCCUUUCUUUUUUUAUUUGGAUGAGGAGUUCAUUUGGAUGAGGAGGCGAUGCAGAAUAGCUUUCUUCGCCCCCGAUCGCGACGCCGCUAUGGUGGCUCAUUUGUCUGCGUAGUGAUAUUGUGCGAAGUCACUGGUAGUGCUCCCAUCGUUUUUUUUUAAGCAAGGACAUGGGCGAAGGACCCCUCGCCAGGUUUUUUUUUUUCUGGCGGGGGACGCCCGAAAAGCAAAACACGCAAAGAGAAAAUUUUUCGAAGUUGAUUACUCAUAUCUGCACAGGCGCUCACGAAAUUCACGACAUCAGCAAACAGGAUGACGAUCCGGAGCCCGGGAGCCAAGGUAGCGUUUCUCUGACGCCGUGCUAG